AUGACGGUCCAGGCUGGACGGAUAGAGGUGGCACUAGUUGACUUUGAGACUAUGGAGGGCACAGACAUUGGUGUGGACAACUUCAAUGACCCAGACUAUCCCAAUGAAAUGACAACUUUAACAGUAGAAAUGCCAGAUUUUGGGCCUAGCACCACAUACUGCAACUCUGCAAAGGUGUCACCAUUUAAGUCACCACAAAAUUUGAAUAUACCACGAUCACCUGUCCUCCCCUCUCACACAAAGGGAGGACGUGCCAGCUGUGCGAGUCUUAUUUCCAACUGGAAGUUACUUGUGAACAGUGAAGGAACCCAAAGUGAGACGAUCUUCAGUAGACUGACCAAAGAUUGCUACGAGGACUUGUUUAUUGACAAGCGAGCUCUUGAUGAUGGUGAUCAGAAGGUCAUCAUUAACAUUGCUGGUCUUCGCUUUGAAACCCGGCUGAGGACCCUUGACCAGUUCCCGGACACUCUCCUGGGUGACCCUAUGAAAAGAAUGGGCUAUUUUGACCCAAUGAGAAAUGAGUACUUCUUUGACCGCAAUCGCCCAAGCUUCGAUGGGAUCCUUUACUACUAUCAAUCUGGGGGGAAGAUCCGAAGGCCUGCAAAUGUACCUUUGGAUGUUUUUGCAGAUGAGAUCAUCUUCUAUGAGUUGGGACAAGAAGCAAUGGACCAGUUUCGAGAAGAAGAAGGCUUUAUCAAAGAUGUAGAGAUCCCAUUGCCGUCCAAUGAGUUCCACAGGCAGUUCUGGCUGCUAUUCGAAUAUCCUGAGAGCUCAAACGCAGCCCGAGGAGUUGCUCUUGUUUCCAUCUUCGUCAUCGUCAUCUCCAUCAUCAUCUUCUGCAUGGAGACACUCCCAGAAUUUCGAGAAGACCUGGAGAUUUUUCCAACUGCAGGUUUGUCCUUCAACGAGACUCAUCGCUCUGGAUCUCCUCUCCCAAGCUCCACUCCCAAAACCAUCAGCAGCACCUUCUCCGACCCCUUCUUUAUCAUUGAGACGGCCUGCAUCAUCUGGUUCUUCUUUGAGCUCUCAGUGCGUUUCCUGGUUUGCCCCAGCAAGCGGGAGUUUUUCAACAACAUCAUGAACAUGAUUGACAUUGUCUCCAUCGUUCCCUAUUUCGUCACUUUAAUAACUGAGGUUGUGACCACCACCAACAAGUCCAACACGGGGCAGAACAUGUCCCUGGCCAUCCUGCGAAUCAUCAGGCUGGUGCGAGUCUUUAGGAUCUUUAAGCUUUCCAGACACUCCAAAGGGCUGCAGAUUCUCGGCCAGACACUCAAGGCCAGCAUGAGGGAACUGGGGCUACUCAUCUUCUUUCUCUUCAUUGGUGUCAUUCUCUUCUCCAGCGCCAUCUAUUUCGCAGAGGUGGACGAUCCCAACACCCAGUUUGUCAGUAUUCCUGAUGGAUUCUGGUGGGCUGUAGUGACCAUGACCACUGUGGGUUAUGGGGACAUGUGUCCCAUUACAUUAGGUGGUAAGAUCGUGGGCACUCUUUGUGCCAUUGCAGGUGUUUUGACCAUUGCCCUGCCAGUGCCUGUUAUAGUCUCCAAUUUUAACUAUUUUUACCAUAGAGAGACGGAGCAGGAGGAAAAGCAACCCGUAGCUGAGUCAACUGAAAAGGCUUUAAAGUCAGGGAACAAUACAAAACAUGGCAGUAAUUCCUCUCUGAACAAGGUAAACGGGAACUGGCAGACUGAAAAAAGGUGUUAAAGCUCAUAUUAAACGUACACACUUCUUGAGGGAAAAUCUCAUCAAACUUGUCUAGGGCUUAUUUCAAUCAAAAAUCAGCUCACAUUUUAUUUUGAUGGUCCGUUUGUUGAAUUUAAGUUACUUUGCAUCUACAUGCCAACUAGUUCUCAUUAGAUUAUAAGUAGACUGUUAGGUUGGGAUUGGGAUAAGGGUUAGUGUAAAUUUACAUGU